AGCGGCCUCAGGAGUAGGGGCAGCCCGGGCUGCUCCUUUAAGAAAGUGCCCGCCCCACUCCGCCCUCGGGGAGCCCCGCGGACGCUCCGGCUGAGGGACGGACGGCGGGACGAGCUCGGGAGCCAGCGGCCACAGACAGCUGCCGGACGGACGGGCUCGGACCCGCUCCGGGAGGUCGGGGCUGUGACCUGGAGAAGGGGAGGUCCGCAGGGUCCGUCACCCCGAAGCCCCUUGAAGGCUGAGCUCCCGAGCUCCCAGGGUGCCGGCUUCUCCUCUGAGGAACUGUGGGAAGCAAGCAUCCCGCCCACAGCCCCCGAACACGUGCCUCCUGUUCCAGGCCCGGGUCCGGCUCGAGCAUCACUCCCCUCUUCGGGCGCUUCUGACAGAGAUGUGAUCGUGUUCCCGCCGCCCGCCAGGAAGAAGCUCCUCGGACUUGGUGCCCCGGCCCGGGCCCGGCCUGCCCCCACUGGCCAUGACCUGCGACCGACGGGCGGCUUCCUCUUUCCGGUACGGCGUGACCAUCACGGGGGCCGUGGUCCUGGUCACCGGCACGCUCUGCUUCGCCUGGUGGAGCGACGGGGACGGGGCGGGCCCCGGGACGAGGGCCGCCCCCCCGGCCGGCACCGCGCCCCCCCCGGGCGCCCCCCCGAGCGCGCUGCUGAGGUCCGUCAGCUUCUUCUGCUGCGGCGUCGGGGGGAUGCUCCUGCUCUGGGGCCUGCUCUGGUCGGCCAAGGCCAACGUGCGCGCGGCCCCCCGCUUCUACCGCAGCCGGCUCCCCGCGGACCUGGGCUACUUCGCAGCCGAGCCCGCCCACAAGUGGAGCUCCAGCAGUUGGUCGUCUACCUCUGUGCCCACCUAUGAGAUGGCCGUGACCCGUAGCCCCCCUGUCCCAGAAGAGGAGGAGAACGGACCGCCCCCGUACAGCGGGGCUCACGGCCCGAGACCGGCAGGACUGAUGCGAAGCAUCUCCGACGGGGCGCUGCUCGUGACUCCCCAGCCGGAACCGUGGAGGAACCAAGGGACGGCCUGGGUCAGCCCCCCACCCAGCUACGAGAGCCUCGACGCCCGCGGCCUGUGACGCACGGCCAGCCCGAGCCAAGCUCUCUUUUUAGAUGCUCGAUCACCAGGCGGAGGCUGCCCGGGAGCCCCCAGGGAGGCGUUCCGACCCAGGCCGGUCUCCGUCCCUCCCCGGGGACCAUCUCCGGGAGACAAGGGAGGCUACGCUGGGCUCGAGUCCAAGCUUCGGGCUUAGCUCCUCGCUGGGCCGCUGACUCGGGUGGGACUUGGCCCAAUGCUUCGCCUCCCUUAUUUUUUCUUUGAUGAAAAAUGGGAAUUUUAGUCCCUGUCCUCUAGACCCUGGUGGAUGUUGGGAACAUCAGUGAGAAAACUGAGCUGAAAAUAACUUAGUAAACCAGAAUACGAUAGAGAUGGGAGGGGUCUGUUCCAGAGAAGCAGCGGAGGGUGGGGGGGUCAGUGUCUCUGUGACCCCUCAUUUGCUACAUUUCAUCGCUCUUCCCCCACCAACUCCCAGGAGACAAAACGGAGAGAAGAAAAGGACCCGGAACAAA